AUGAUUUUGUCUCUCGUCUUUGUUUCUGCCCUCGCGGCUAUGGCGCGCGCAAGCACGACCAUUACCGGCCAGUACGACUGCGUGACCGGCGGCAACUACCAGCUGUGCAACAACCAGUGGGGUAUCUCGGACGGCACGGGCUCGCAGAACGCGACGCUCAUCAGCACAUCCGGGAAUACUAUCUCGUGGUCUACCACUUGGACGUGGGCGAAUAACCCGAACGACGUGAAGACCUACACCAACGUCGAGUCCACCACCGCGAAAGGCGUACUGCUUAGCGCCAUCACGUCCGUCCCGACCUCAUGGGACUGGGAGUAUGUCACGGAGUCUUCCGGAAUUCGUGCCGAUGUAUCCUACGACAUCUGGAUUGGCACCACCGCUAAUGGAGCGCAGGCGUCUUCCAGUUCUUCGUAUGAGAUCAUGAUCUGGCUCUCUGGUCUCGGCGGUAUCCAACCCGUCGGAUCGCUCAGCAAGAGCGGCGUCUCUCUCGCCGGCUACUCCUGGAACGUUUGGGAGGGCCCUAACUCCAACUGGGAGACGAUCUCCUUCGUCAGCGCCAGUGGGAACCUCACCAGCUUCAGCACGGACCUGAAUACAUUCUUCCAGUAUAUCAUUGAGAACUACGGCGUGUCGUCCUCUCUGUACUUGCAAGGCAUCGAGACCGGCACCGAGCCCUUUACAGGCUCCGCUGAGCUCCUCACAAACAGCUACAGCGUCUCCCUGAGCACUUAG